AUGCCUCCGCCCUCAAACCUCCCGCCCCCACCAACUCCCCAUCCACUCCGAUAUGCCCAAGAUGCUGCCCGCAGCAUACCCGGCAACAAUCGUAAGUCGAGACCGCUGACCUACGCGCUCGGCAUCGCCGGUAUAGCUGGGUCUGGAGCUUUGAUUGGUGCCAUUCUGAACAUGAGCUCUCAACGUCAAAGUCAGCAGAAUCAAACUCCGUUACAGCCACUACCACAAGCACAGUCAGAAGGACAGGCGGAAUCUUCGCAGUUGCACUUACAGCCACAGUCGCAACCACGGGCACACUUAGCACCGGGAGUAGAUUACUCCCAGGCCCUCCAGACGUUGGAAACGAAGAGGGGCCACCUCAUGGCGCAAAAGAUGCAGUUGGAGCGGAGGAUCAACGACUUGCAUGAAACUCGCCGACGACGACAACAACAACAGGCGGAGGAGGAACACGAGAAAGAAAGGGACAGCGGUCAAGAGGUGAAGUAG